AGUAGUAUUUAUGUGCACUUGAUAUUUGUGUUAUCUGUUAAUAGAUAGGCUUUUGAUGAUAGAUAGGCUUCUAACUUGCACAAUAAAUUUGUAAUGCACAAAAUUUAAGAAAGUUAAAGCCUAGUUGGAUGCUACUUUAGAGAUCUUCCUUACUUUAAUAAGAGGAAAUAAUCAUUCAGAGUUAGGCUCUCUCUAAGUAAUUAUAAUAUUUGGCUCGUAUAAACUUGAUAACCGGCUCCCUCUCUCAAGUUAUCUAUAUAAUGUAUUGCGUAGUCGUUUAACUUUUCAGUUUAAUUUCAACUGUGAAUGGAACAGGUUAUCAAUACAGCGAAAAUGUUGAAAACACUACAAACUUUAUCUCUAAAUCGUUCUCAAAACGCGAUCUUUUCGCUUGGUGCUCAAAAACGUUGGCAGACCAAUGUUGCAACCUCGGAGAUCAGGGAGGAUGCCGAUUGGCUGGAAGCUAAGCCCUUUGAACAAAUACCGCGGGUGAACAUGCUAUCAUUAGUUAUGAAAACUGCCUUACCUGGUGGGAAGUACAAAAAUAUGGACUUAAUGGACAUGUUCGAGGGCUUGCGACAGGAUCAUGGCGAUAUUUUCCUAAUGCCAGGCGUAAUGGGUGCUCCGACAUUUGUAAUGACCAGCAAUCCAAACGACUUUGAGAUAGUUUUCCGCAACGAGGGCAUUUGGCCCCACCGUCCAGGCAGUGAUUCCAUUCGGUACCACAGAGAUGAGAAACGAAAGGACUUCUAUCAGGGCGUUUCGGGACUCAUCCCUAGCCAGGGCAAAGCCUGGGGGGACUUUCGAUCUAUUGUUAACCCCGUCCUAAUGCAACCCAAGAACGUGAGGCUCUACUACAAGAAGAUGUCUCAGGUUAAUAGGGAAUUUGUGGAACGCAUCAAAGAACUCAGGGAUCCUGAAACUUUGGAGGCUCCGGAUGAUUUCAUAAACACCCUCAACCGUUGGACCUUAGAGUCAGUUUCAGUUGUGGCUUUGGACAAACAAUUGGGUUUACUGAAAGAUUCGAAGAAAAACGUAGAGGCCCUCAGGCUUUUUGAAUACUUGGAAGAAUUUUUCGUGGUUGCGGCAGAUCUUGAAAUGAAGCCUUCUCCAUGGCGAUAUAUUACAACGCCCAAGUUGAAAAGAGUCAUAGCCGCUCUGGAUGGCAUCCAGGAGGUAACGCUGUCCUACAUUGAGGAAGCUAUUGAGCGACUGGAUAAGGAGGCGAAGCAGGGCAUCUUGCGGCCGGAGAGCGAGCAGAGUGUCCUGGAGAAGCUCCUCAAGAUGGAUAAAAAGGUGGCCACCAUCAUGGCAAUGGAUAUGCUGAUGGCUGGCGUGGAUACUACCUCUAGCACCUUUACAGCCCUUUUAUUCUGCCUCACCGAGAAUCCCGAAAAGCAAGAAAAGCUGCGCGAGGAAGUGAUGAAGGUUCUGCCCAAAAAGGACUCUGAAUUCACGGAGGCAUCUAUGAAAAACACUCCCUAUCUGCGAGCCUGCAUCAAGGAGUCCAUGCGAGUUCGUCCCCUGAUCUUCGGAAAUGGCCGUGCCCUCACCAAGGACUCCAUCCUCAGUGGUUACAAAGUGCCAGCUGGAACUCUUAUAUCCAUUCUAGCCUUGAAUUCUUAUACGAAAAAUGAAUACUUUCCCCAAGCUUCCGAGUUUCUGCCUGAACGCUGGCUAAGAAGUCCCAAGGAUUCAGAGUCACAAUGCCCAGCAAAUAGCCUGAAAUCCACGCAUCCUUUUGUUUUCCUUCCGUUCGGAUUCGGUCCAAGGAUGUGCGUAGGAAAACGCAUUGUGGAUAUGGAAAUGGAACUGGGCUUGGCCAGAAUCAUUCGCAACUUUAAAGUGGAGUUUAACUAUUCCACAGAGAACGCUUUCAAAUCGGCACUGAUUAAGUUGCCCAACAUACCUCUGAAGUUUAAGUUUACAGACUUGCCAAAUUAAUUACAAAAUGUUUAUAUUAAAAUGUCCAUCUGGCUCUUAAAA